GGUGCUGCUGAUGCGGAUGCAGAACCUGCACGGGCUGCGGCGGGGGAAGGACAGCGAGAGCGAGGAGGAGGAGGAGGAUGAGGAGGAUGAGGAGGAUGAGGAAGAGCGGGAGCCGCAGCUGCUGCUCCUCAUGGCCCCCCAACUACACUGGGAACAACAGGCUGCGGGUGACGUCCCUCGGGGGGUCCCCGGUGGCGGCCGUGUGGUCGGAGCGGGGCCAGGUGGAGGUGCUGGAACUGGGGAGGGCCCUGGCGGUCCUGGAGGGGCAAUUUGGGGAGGGGGAUUCCAGGAGGGGGCAGAGGAGCGUGCAGCAGGGAGCUCUGCCCGAGCUCGCCUCCUUCAGCGGGCACCUGGACGAAGGGUUCGCGCUGGACUGGAGCCCCCAGAGCCCAGGUGAGGGACGGGGGAAAAUGGCGGCCAGCGUGAGGGGAAAGGGCGGGAAAUGUGAGGAGACAAAAUGGCGGCCGGCGUGAGGGGAAAGG